GCGGAGACCCACAGCCUGCUUUAACCGAGGGCGAACCGUAGGAUUUCAGCCUCUGGAUACACGCGCAACGGGAGUUUUUGUUUCCUCUCUUUCUUUUGUUUUUGUUCUUUCUUUUUUUUUGGUGAGGAUAAAAGCAAAAACAAGAAACACGCUUAAAGGGCAACUCCUUGGACAUAUUCUCCCUCCCACCCCUAUCCGAGGUCGUCUAGCUGGAGAGCUGGAGACCCAUUCUCUUGCGUGGCACAAGUCUGGUAUUUUCUUUCAGCUGCAAAUCCCGACUGACGGCAGAGAUAAGUCCGACCCGAGGAGCUGGAAAAUUGGUUUAAAAAACGACUCCUGUCUGCGGGGCCAGGGCUGCUUGGUGGGGAUCGGGAGCCUGUUCUGUGGCUGAAUGGCAUAGGCAAAAAAGGAGGUUUUUCAUUCAUUUUUCAGCCUCCCAGCCACCACCCCUGUGGAUCUGGACGUGUUUUCUGCUUCCACCCCCCAACCACCACCACCACCACCACCACCACACUCCCCCUUCCUCCCUUCAUACACAGCUAUUCACACGGGGGGGAUUCUUGCGAGCGACACUGGCGUUAAUUUAUUAUGGUGGUAGAAGCCACUGAUAUUAACAUAUAGUCUGAUUAUUAUUGUCAUUGUUAUUACCAGGCCUGAUCGCACUGUACGCGCACUGCUGUUUUCAAGAGAUGGAGACUGAAGAUGGGGAUUACCAUCAUUUAUCCAGUAAAAUCACUGGCAUGUGUGCCAUACCAGCCGACGUCAAAGUACCUUGUGAUUGGCAAAAAUAGCAGACUGUUUUAAUAAUUUUUUUUUUCUUCUACAAAGAAAACAAACUGUCAUAACAUUUUAUACACAUUUAUUUAGAUUUUUUUAAAGAGUAAAUCCUGGUAGACAAGCAACCACGUAUUUGCAGGCUGCCAUAGAGUAGCCUUUUUAGGCUACAGACACAUCUAUUUUUCCCUUUUUUAUUUUAAACCUCUUUUUUUAGAAGCUGGUGUGUCUAACCUUUAUUAUUUUGAUUUCACUUUUCUCCCUGCUUUUUUAUUUUUAUUUUUUUUUAUUUUUUUUGAGAGGAUAAUAAUGUUCAGGAACAUGAGAUCUGACUCACCCAUGGGUUGCCCGACCUUGUUUUGGGGUCUGAUGCUGUCUGUCUCCACUAUCUGCAUAUGGUCCACAUAUGGAGAGAUUUGUGGUCCGAGUAUCGACAUCCGAAAUGAGAUCAGCGAGUUCAAGCGGCUGGAGAACUGUACGGUGGUGGAGGGCUACCUGCAGAUCCUCCUUAUCAACGACAAGACCAACAACAUCCACCAGGAGGCCUUCCGUUCCCUCAGCUUCCCCAAGCUUACCGUCAUCACUGACUACCUGCUGCUGUUUCGCGUCUCGGGCCUGGACAGCCUCAGCAUGCUCUUCCCCAACCUGAGCGUCAUCCGCGGGCGCAAUCUCUUCUACAACUAUGCCCUUGUGAUCUAUGAGAUGACCAGCCUGAAGGACAUCGGCCUGUACAACCUGAGGAACAUCACUCGGGGAGCCAUGAGGAUUGAGAAGAACCCUGAGCUCUGCUACCUGGACUCAGUGGACUGGUCUCUCAUUAUGGAUGCUGAGUUCAACAACGUUAUCAAUGGAAAUAAGAAGGCAAAGGAGUGUGACAAUGUCUGUCCGGGAAUCAUGGAGGAUAACCCUCUCUGUCAGAGGACGUCGUUCAAUGACAACUACGACUACCGCUGCUGGACCUCUAACCAGUGCCAGAAAGUAUGCCCACAACACUGCAAGCUUGCCUGUACAGACAAGGGGGAGUGUUGCCACAGCCAGUGCCUGGGCAGCUGUACCGAACCCAACAACGACAUGGCCUGCUCCGCCUGCCUCCACUAUUUCCAUGAGGACCGCUGUGUGCCAGACUGUCCCCUGGGCACUUACAAGUUUGAGGGCUGGCGCUGCAUCACCAUGGACCUGUGCUCUCAAGUGCACCUGCCCGGUGACACUCACUUUGUCAUCCACGGGGGAGAAUGUAUGCCCGACUGCCCCUCUGGCUUCACACGCAAUGAGACUAAUCGUAUGCUGUGCAGUGCCUGCAAUGGCCUGUGUGACAAGGUCUGCACAUCCCCUGUCAUCGACUCUGUGGAUGCUGCUCAGUCCCUGAAGGACUGCACUGUCAUCGAGGGCAAUCUGGACAUCAACAUUCGCCGUGGAAAUAACAUAGCGUCUGAGCUGGAGAGCUUCAUGGGAUUGAUCCAGACAGUGACGGGCUAUGUGAAGAUUCGACACUCCCACGCACUUGGCUCGCUGUCCUUCCUCAAGAGCCUGCGUUACAUCAAUGGGCAGGAACUCAUCGAAAACAUGUAUUCGUUCUCCGCCAUCAACAACCAGCGCUUGCAGUACCUGUGGGACUGGAGUCAGCACAACCUGACAAUUCGGGCAGGACGUCUCUUCUUCCGUCUCAACCCCAAACUCUGCAUGUCGGAGAUCCACACGAUGUGGGAAAAGACAGGAAUAACUGUGAAGCCAGAGGAGGGUGAUUUCCGUAACAACGGUGAAAGAACCAGCUGUGAAAGCCAUACCUUGAUGUUCAAGUCUAACGUCACAACAAGUCAUACCAUCAGGCUGACAUGGGAGCGGUACCAGCCGCCCGACCACAGCAAUCUGAUCAGCUUCAUAGUGUACUACAAGGAGUCCCCUUUUCAGAACAUCACAGAGUUUGACGGCCAGGAUGGCUGUGGCUCAAACAGCUGGCACAUGGUGGAUGUGGAUCUUCCUCAGGAUAAAAACACUGACCCAAAAGUCAGUCUUCAACACCUCAAGCCCUGGACCCAGUAUGCUCUAUUUGUAAAGGCCAUUACCCUGCAGGAGGAGAACAAACACGUUACUGGGGCAAAGAGUGAUAUAAUCUACAUUCGCACGCGCCCAUCAUUGCCGUCGGUGCCUAAAGACGCCCGUGCGUAUGCAAACUCCUCAACUAAGCUGGUGGUGAAGUGGUCGCCUCCAGUCUUUCCCAACGGUAAUCUGACCUACUACCUGGUCCGCUGGCAGCAGCAGCCUGAGGACAGGGAGCUCUACCAACAUAACUACUGCUCCAAAGAGCUGAAAAUCCCUUUCCGGAUCCCAGCGACAGGGCUCACAGACAUUGAAGAGAACACCAAGCCCACCAAGUCUGACCUGGCAGGGGCAGAGAAGGGCCCAUGCUGUACUUGUCAGAAGACACCCGAGGAGAAGGACCGAGAGAAGGAUGAUCGUGUCUUUCUUAAAGUUUUUGAGAACUUCCUUCACAAUGCCAUCUUUCUGCCGAGACCUCCAGACCGUCGACGCAGGGAUGUUUUUGGUGUGGCUAACAACACACUGUUUCAUGAGGGCAGGGGGAAUACCACCCUUGGCCUGGGGGAUAACAGUACAGAUGUUCCUCCUAUCAGAGAGUACCCCUUCUCAGAAGACAAGAGCACAGCAGAAUAUUUAGAGAUCCCCAACCUGCGGCCCUUCACAGUCUACCGCAUUGACAUCCAUGCCUGCAAUGAGGAGGUGGGGCGCUGCAGCGCUGGAGCAUUUGUCUUCUCCAGGACCAAACCUGCAGUCAAAGCAGAUGACAUCCCCGGAAAGGUGAUCUACGAGAGGAGUGACAAGGUCGAGGGUUGUGUGGUGCUGCACUGGCCGGAGCCCGUCAUGCCCAACGGACUCAUCCUGAUGUAUGAGAUCAAGUUCCGUCUGGGGACUGAGCCCGAGAAACACGAGUGUGUCUCACGCCAGCAUUACCGCGAGCACAGAGGAGCUCGGCUGACCAACCUGGGUUCAGGAAACUACUCUGCCCGUGUGCGUGCGACUUCCCUAGCAGGGAACGGGUCCUGGACGGAGAGUGUGUCCUUCUACGUGCCUCCCCCCAAACGAGAUGAUGGGGUUGCGUUCUAUUUGGUGAUCAUAAUUCCCAUCAUAGUGACACUUUUCAUUGCCAGCCUCACCACGAUUCUGUUCUUUGUGAACAAAAAGAGGAAUAGCGACAGACUGGGAAAUGGGGUCCUUUAUGCAUCUGUCAAUCCAGAGUACUUCAGUGCUGCUGAGAUGUACGUCCCAGAUGAGUGGGAGGUGGCUAGAGAGAAGAUAACUAUGCACAGGGAGCUGGGCCAGGGCUCCUUCGGCAUGGUGUACGAAGGCAUUGCCAAGGGGGUGGUCAAGGACGAACCUGAGACACGAGUGGCUAUCAAGACGGUCAAUGAGUCAGCCAGCAUGAGGGAGCGCAUUGAGUUUUUGAACGAGGCUUCUGUCAUGAAGGAGUUCAACUGUCACCAUGUGGUGCGGCUGCUGGGUGUGGUCUCGCAGGGACAGCCAACCUUGGUGAUUAUGGAGCUGAUGACCCGUGGGGAUCUCAAGAGCCACCUGCGCUCUCUGCGCAAAGAAAAUGCCACCAGCCAGGUCCUACCCCCGCUCAAGAAGAUGAUCCAGAUGGCAGGGGAAAUCGCUGACGGCAUGGCGUACCUAAAUGCCAACAAAUUUGUCCACAGAGAUCUGGCUGCCAGGAACUGCAUGGUAGCAGAGGACUUCACUGUGAAGAUUGGAGAUUUUGGCAUGACCAGAGAUAUUUAUGAGACGGAUUACUACCGAAAAGGAGGGAAGGGCUUACUGCCUGUCCGCUGGAUGUCUCCAGAGUCACUGAAAGAUGGCGUGUUCACUACAAUGUCUGAUGUUUGGUCAUUUGGUGUCGUGCUGUGGGAGAUCGCCACCUUAGCAGAACAGCCUUACCAGGGCAUGUCCAAUGAACAAGUACUGCGCUUCGUCAUGGAAGGAGGACUCUUGGACAAACCUGACAACUGCCCUGACAUGCUGUUUGAGCUGAUGAGGAUGUGCUGGCAGUAUAACCCCAAGAUGCGUCCGUCCUUCCUGGAGAUCAUCAGCAGCAUCAAAGAUGAACUGGAUCCUCCCUUCAGGGAAAUGAGCUUCUUCUACAGUGAGGAGAACAAGCCGCCGGACACCGAGGAGUUGGACAUGGAGGUAGAAAACAUGGAGAACAUUCCACUGGACCCUGCAUCCACCAGGCAGCCCUCAGCUACCGUCGCCCCCUCGUCGGGUUGUACAGGAGGCACGCCGCCUCCUUCUACGCAGCAGUUAUCCCCCAUGCAAGGCCCGAGUACUCCAUUACUGGGACCUGUGUCUCCCUCCUCCCCGGGCCCGGUUGCCUCAGCCUUGGCGUCUCCAGGCCAAGCCUUGGACAAGCACUCAGGACAUGUUUCGGCCAACGGGCCUGUGGUGGUGCUGCGGCCCAACUUUGACGAGAUGCAACCUUAUGCACACAUGAAUGGGGGCAGAAAGAACGAACGGGCGUUACCACUGCCCCAGUCGUCGGCCUGCUGAUAUCAGACCAGCCCCUCCUCCUCCUCCUCUUACACAGGGUAACACAAACUUUACCUCCAUCUCUUAAGGAGGGAUGGAUGAGGUAAGAAAUGACUUUUUUUCUACUGUGUGCCAGUAGAUGGUCUCUCCACUCCUUUAAGGUCAAACAUAAACUCUAAAAACUGAAAAAUAACACAGAAACCUGCUAAAGCAUUUGGAGUUUGGCGGCUCAGACUCGACACUGGGGAACUCCUUCCUGUGCAGCCUGUAUCUCUGUCGUUGUUACAUAAUUCCUUCAAAAAGGAAAACAAUACAGGCAUGUAUCCUGACUUUCAGAUUUAGACAUGAACAUAAAGAAAAUCUUUUUUUUUUUUAGCAUAUCUGCCAGCAAAUCCAACAGAAGAGCACUUUUCCCCCUGAUCAUUUCAGAGAGGAUGUUGUGGAUAUCUGAGUGUGUAUUUAUACAAACACAUGAUUCUCUUAUGAAUAUGGUAUAACUCCAUUUCUUAAAUGACUUUCCAUCAAAAUGACUUUGUUUCCAUGAGCAGACUGGCUCAUGUCAUAUGAGGAUGCCUCAAUUAGAAAGGACUAAGAUAAUUGUUUCAUUUUCCUGUUGAUAUUUCUGUGGGUGUAGAUCCUGUCAGGAGUGGGUCAAAAUGGAAGAGGAGGGCCUAUUGUGUAUCUGCCAAACUGUUGCCAAAUCAAGCUUCUUUUUUUUUUCCCUCCAAUUUUAUACAGGACCCCCUUCUUGUUUAAGGCUGUGAAUCAGAGUUGAGAUAACUUUGUCUGGGAAAUAAUACCAAAAUUGUCUGGUGGUGUACAGAUUUCAUGCUUAUCUUUGGCACCAACUGCUCCAGGAGCAGCUGUGAGUGUGUGGGCGUGUGCGUACGUGUGUGUAGAGUACGGGGGGGUUAUAACAGGACAGAAUACAGUUACUGUUGAGAUGUGCUGCGUUCACACCUGCAGUCAAAGUUUUCUCAGAAUGUGCAGCGUCUGUACCGGGGGCGGAAUAAAUCUAGCAAGGCCUGUGAGGAGAAACAACACAACACUAAAUGUUGUUUCAUUCAGGAUUUGUAAACAAAGGCAUCUUUAAUCAAAUUUUAGGUUGAUGUUUAUUCAGUUAAUUGAAACAAUAUUAGUGUGAAAGAAAAUCACGAGUCUUUACUUUAAUCCUAAAUAAUUGGCAGAUUAAUCAGUAGUGAAAAUAAUCACUGUUUGUGGCCCCAUAUUUUCAUAUAAUUACAUUUGAAAAGUCUUCAUGCUGCUACUCGUGAUGGACUAACCAAAAUUUUCUGUUGCACCACCCAAAUCCAUUCAGAUCUAAGAAUAACUUUAUCCCUUCAUCGCUUUGCUUUCAUCUUUCGAACAUCUGAGGGAAGUACACAUGUGACUUGAGUCAGCCAACUCUGAAUCACAGCCUCCGUCUGUCUUUGUUUUAAUAUAAAAAAAAGAAGAGAAAAAAAAAGAAAUCGAAACAAAACAUCAAAGCAUCAGAAGUCCCACACUGCAAAACACUGAACUUCACAAUCAAGGGAAACGACUCUGCCUCCACUUUUCAUUUAUUCAAACCUUAUCCGACAUUUUUAAGUGUGCAUUUCAUGUGGGACGUGAUACUGCUAUUCAAAUUAAAUGGCACCAAAUACACCACAACAAACAAACUGACUCUAAGACCUGAGACAGAAAAUGAGAAGGUGUAAAGAUUUUAGUAGCCUAGAGACAACUUUUAAGUCACAGCCGGUCUCUUUUAGAAUAGUCAUUAGUUUCUCUACAUUUCAAACACAUAUAAAGGUCUUACAGUUGUAUUUUAGACUGCAGGACUGUUUUUAUACACAUCAUUGGUUUUGUCACUUUUUUAAACCUUUUUACGGUUCAAAAUGUUUGCCUCUAUGUCUGUACAGAACAAAGCUGCUAUUUUAUUCUUUUUCUCUUUUGGAUGUUAUAUAUAAAGGAAUCCUUCAGGUUUGGUAUUUUAUGGUCUCCACUACAGUCCAUUUCUUGUAUCUUCAAACUCUGUUUAAAAAAUAAAAAAUAAAAAUAAAAACAAAACUACAAAAAAAAAUAAAUAAGAUGAUUUAGAUAUAAAAACAUUUUUUUUUUCUGUUACCCCAAAAGGUUUUUCUGUAACACUACAUUUUGUUCAUUGCCUUUUAUUUUUAUGAAAUGUUUCUUCUGUAUUUGUUUUGUGGAUGUCUAUAUUGUUAUUAUUAUUAUUAUUAUUAAUUAUUAUUAUUAUUAUUAUUAUUAUUAUUUGGAAUGGACACCUUAGCUCGAUGUGUGAGCGUGUACUUUCUGCACCCUUUUUGUACUUGUUGUCUAGCACUGCGCCUAGCAUUGCCCUCUAGGUGCAACUCAAUCUCAGGUCAAAGUAAAGGCUUUGCUUUCUUCACACAUUCUCAUGAUCGUCCUCUACUUGUCUCACCUUGUAACACCCCCACCCCCCUCACCCUCUACACUCCAUCAUCAUCGUCAUCAUCAUCAUCACCACCAUCAUCAUCAUUAUCAUCAUUAUCAUCAUGUUUUGUUGAGUCCAAUAGUGCCCUCUCUCCUUCCCUCUGGCCCCUCACUGACCUCUACAACAAACUGUACCUGUUUCCCCCCCUGGUGCCUCCUUUUGAAGUCAGGAUUAGUUCCAGUAUACAAGAUAUUUACUUUAUGCUAGAUCUGGUAUUUUAACCCAUCCAUUUCCUGCCUCUUCUGAAAAGAAAAAUCAAUAGGGCUAAUUGGGUUGUCUCGUUUGCCUUAAUUAUGCCAACCAUCUUUCAAUCAUUCAAAAUCUGUUUUUUUUUUCUUCCCCCUCUUCCCUUUUUAUUUUAAAAUUACUUCGCAAUACAAGGCCACUUCUGUUACUGUUACUUCUUCAAAGUGAGAACAGGUCUUAUUGUCUGUCUUCAUAGUCACUGCUUCUGAAAACCAAAUAAAGGAUGGGUUAAAUUCCAGGGAAGGGAACACAUUUCAAUGUCAUGAAUGGAAAAGGUCUUAAAAUGGAGGCUGAAAAGUGAAAGUGUUUUGAAGGAUUUCUCCUCAUCUUUUGGGAAUGUUGCCUGGUGAUUUUUUCCCCCUUUCUUUGAAGUUUUUUUUUUUUUUUUUUUUUUCCUGUAGGAGUGUUAUUUAUUUAUUUUUUUUUAAAUUUUCCUUUUGUGAUAUCAGUUUAAAUCACUGUAUAAAUACCCCGUGAUUCAGUAUAAAGUUGGAUUUUUUUGUAUGUAUUUUCUUUGGUGUCAUGACUGGGGAAAACAAAAACUUUUUUUUUUCCUUCAAGUAUAUAUCUACCUCACUCUUUUUAAAUAUAUGUAAGCGUAUGGAAAACGUACAUCUCACUCUUUCUCAUCAGUCUAUAUAGAAACCUCAACACCUGGAUAAAACCCACAGGGAUCUAGAUAAACCUCACAAAGCAGACUAGGACAGGAGAUGGAAUUUUAAUGCUGUAGCUUCAGCCCACCAAUUUCUGGCCCACUGGUUUACGUACACUGGUUCACGUGGUUCACGUGCACUUUAAGUACAUUUAUACCUCUGAGCAUACAAAGGAUAGGUGGUACUGCUGCCUUCAAUAAAUUAAAUUGUUGUUGGGUAUUUAUUAAAAUAUUACACAAUCAUGUCAACCCACACUCUAAUUUGCCUGCAUAGUUGACAGUUGACAGUGUUAUAAGGCUUAGAGCAGGUGCAGUACAGUGUACGAUAAAGAGAAAGAGGCCGGGGCACAGCAUCAACAUCAGACAUUCCAUCUCCACUGACUCCAAACAUAUUGUCACAACCUUAAAUCCUCAAAAGACAGAAACCUUCAUUUUCUCAUCUAAAAUGCAUUUAUACAGACGUCUAAACAGUUAUCAUGAGGAAUAUUUUUUAAAAAGGGAAAUGUUUUAUUGACCUCUGAGAAAACAAAACAAAACAAAAGAAAUGUAUGUGCUGUUCACCUGCAGCCUGUAAUGCUGCAAGGUUUACAGCACAACUCCACAUUUCAUCUACUUUAGUUUAUUCCAAACAUCCAGAUCACACUCUCAAAAAAAAAAAAACAUUCAAUUAUGUAUAUGGAUCUGUACUGUGAAUGUAUCAAAGAUAUUUCUGUACUUUCUUCACAAAAAAACCUUUAUAGACAUAGCAGCAACUCCACCUCUUACAUGUUUCUACCUUCAGUCCUAAAUGAACAACUUCACCAGUUUGUCAGUCAGUGUUGGAAUCAAAGCAGCAGAAGAAACGUUUGUUCUUGUCACUAAGAUUAUUACAUUUCAUUGUUAUUAUUAUUAUUUUUCUAACUCAUGUUUAUGGCCAUGUGAACGCCAUUAUUUCCCCUGUCCAAGUCUACCUGCUGAAUGCCAUGACACUCUAGCUCUAGCGCUCAUUUCCACUAUCAUCAGGGUGAAUCUCUUAGAGAGCAUUUUCAGGCUUUUUGAUCAAUUGGAACUCUACUACACAUCUUUCCUGGCCUGUAGUACUGCUACUUACAAUUAUGCUGCUGGUUUGAACAGUCACCUCAGUGGAUCGUAUACUGUCAUCACAAAUGUUGAGUGCAAAGGUGGUAACGGAGCUUUUACAUCUCAAAAAAAAAAAAAAAAAACCUCAGUUCUACUUCUUUACUCACAGUGGCAACAUGUCGAAAGUUGUUU